CACUCUUGCUGCUCAUCUCUGUCAGAAAGUUCAGAAGACGCUGUUGCAAACUGAUGUGCACUCAAAGACAGAUAAGAGCCCAGUCACUGUGGCUGAUUAUGGUUCACAGGCAGUGAUCAGCCUUAUAUUGCAGAAGGAGUUGCCUUCUAAUUCCUUUUCAUUAGUGGCCGAGGAGGACUCAGAAGACCUCCGCAGAGAAGAUUCAGAAGAGACUCUUCUGCGCAUCACAGAAAUUGUUAAUGAUACUCUCGCUAGCACUGAAUCAGGAAUCACUUCUCCCUUAUCUAAAGAUGAUGUUCUUGCUGCAAUUGACAGUGGCAGAUCUGACGGUGGUCCUUCUGGUUGUCAUUGGGUACUAGAUCCUAUCGAUGGGACUAAAGGGUUUCUAAGAGGUGACCAGUAUGCUAUUGCACUGGGUUUACUAGAUGAAGGGAAGGUAGUUUUGGGUGUCCUCGCCUGCCCCAAUCUUCCAUUAGCUUCUAUUGCAUACCAUGGUUAUCAAGAGAACUACGGUUGUUUAUUUUUCGCUCAAGUUGGAGCUGGCACCUAUAUGCAAACUCUAGAUGGCUCUCCUCCUAAAAAGGUACAUGUCACAGACAUUGAAAACCCCGCAGAGGCAUCAUUUUUUGAAUCUUUUGAAGCAGCGCACUCAAUGCAUGACUUGUCUAGCUUGAUUGCAAGGAAACUAGGCGUGAAAGCAUCACCUGUUCGAAUAGAUAGUCAGGCCAAGUAUGGUGCAUUGUCCCGAGGAGAUGGAGCGAUAUAUUUGAGAUUCCCCCAUAAAGGCUACCGUGAGAAGAUAUGGGAUCAUGCAGCUGGAUGCAUUGUUGUUUCUGAAGCUGGAGGCAUAGUGACAGAUGCUGCAGGAAACCCAUUAGAUUUCUCCAAAGGAAGGUACCUGGACUUGGACACUGGCAUCAUUGUCACCAACCAAAAGUUGAUGCCCGCUUUAUUGAAGGCUGUUGGCGAGUCAUUGGCCGAAAAAGCCUCAUCUCUGUGAUCCCAUGUGUACACACUCAUUUAUGCAUAUAUUCUUAAUUCUGAAUAAUCCCCAUCCUGUUAUUCUUUUAUUUGAUAAAGGUACUUGAGACUUCUGUCUGGAAAAUGGUACAAUAGUGUUAAGUCAUUUUUCUUGAAAAUGAAAGUGAAAAGUAAGCAUUCACAGGUUGAGCCUAGAAAGGAACAUCAGAAGGGUAGUCAUGAGGAUGCCUUCUGAUGGUGUCUCUAAGUGACAUCUCUUGCUCAAGGAGGUUGGCAGGGGGAACAUCAUAUACAUCUGUGAAAACUUCAGUAAUCGGAGGUUUCUCCGCCUUCUCUGCCACUUGAAUUGCAUGUAAGACCUGCAACCAGUGGAUUCGAUGGUCAGUGAGUCAUUUGGUACGGAGUAUCUUCUUGUUGGUGCAUUAUUUAGUUUGUCAUAUCACAUAUGUUGCCCAAGUACAUGUGAACAGAGGUACAAUGAAACAUGAGUAGAAAUGUUUACCUGCUUCCUUAUACUGGUUUGAAGUUGAGAUUCCGCUGCAGAGUCCCACCAACCUUCUCUUUGAAUCCACUUCCUAAACCUUGUCACAGGAUCCCGAACCCUUUUCCACAACUCAAUCUCAUCAGAUGAACGAUAUUUCGUGGAGUCAUCUGAAGUGGAGUGAUGUCCCGCUCUGUAUGUGAGUGCCUGUGAUGAUAAAUUUAAUGUAAUCAUUUUUCGAUGACAUACUAUUGGAUCAAACAAAUGUCACAAAUCUUAGUAGUGAUUACUCAGACGGUCUGGGUCUGAUUAAUGGAAAGGGUGGAACUGUAAGUAAGUAUAUUUCAGUCUCGUUCCGAUUUAUGUGUGGGGUUUCGGUCCAGUUUAUAGGGUUGGUCUUGGUUCUGUCUCUGGCCCUAAAAAAUCGGAUCGGAACAGGACAGUUCCUACAUUGGAGGAACCAAAACCGAACUGGGUUUGAACCAAUUUUUUGGUCUGGUUUUGAAUGGUCAGUUCUAUUUGAACUAGGGUGAAACUUUGUCUGGAACCUAUAGGUGGUGGUGGGGAUGCGAGAAUGAAUGGUGGUGUCCCCGAAACCCUCAUUUCUUGAAAGGCGUUUUUGUAACAUCAAUAUCUUUUGCUGAACUUUGUGCUCCCCGUAACUUAAAUUCUGUGAAAAAAUAGAGGGGUAUGAAGAACCUCAAUAAGAACAGGCUUAUGCUCCUUAACAGCAAUCUCACGAGCUGCACUAACAGCGUUGAAGAUGGCAAGAGCAUCAUUUCCAUCAACACGAAUGCUGCGAACUCCAUAUGCUUUGCCCCUGCUCACGACUCCAUCACCUACAUGUCAUCAAUCAAUAGACAUUACACAUGGUCGGGAGAUUUUCUAUUCGCAAACAUGUUAAAACAACUCAACAAUCAAGGUAGGGAGGUUUAUACUUCGGAACUGGUCUCUAACAGGUGUACUUAUUGCCCAACCAUUGUUUCUGCAAAUGAAGAUCACGGGCACCUCCAUCACCCCCGCAAAGUUUAGUGCAGCAUGGAAAUCACCCUAAAUGAUAAUCCAUUUAGUACACCAAAGGCGAAUCAAUACAAAUCUGGAUCAAACUACUGAGCCUGACAUGAAUCACACGAUCAAAUAAUACCACCCAAGACCCAAAAUAAGAAGUCGUGUUUGGUCAAGAUGCUCACUAUGUCCCAUUUCAAGCUUUUUAGUUAACUAUAGUUGACACUUGACAGAUUAUAAAGAACUAUAGUUGACACUUAGAUUAUAAAGUCACCACUUUUUUUUUAAUAAUCCGG